AUGGAGGUGACCGAAUGUCCCCGAUACCACCAACACCUUCCCGGGCCGCCCGACAAAGCUCCCGAGCGCCGGCCUGGUGUUCUUGCACGUCGGCAGAGCAUCACCGCACAGCACCCAUCGCGGCCCGAGGACAGCGACGAUAUCGGUCGCCAGCGCCAGCGCCUCGCCGACCCGGAUCUCAACGGCAUUGUCCAGUCGGGGCUGACGCUGACGGACGCGCAUCACACAGGCAGGCUCGAGCCCUACGUCUCGACCAACAUGAUCUCGUCUUUGACAAAGGCAGCAGCCUCGACGCCAUGA